GCCAGAGAAUUUUCACUAUCGGCAGGUUUUUAGCAGAAGAGAAACUUAUUCACAGAUUCACAGAACAUGGCAGAAGAGGCCUGCCACUAAGGCACCGGUGACGGUGACAUUGCCUGAAAAACUCCAAAUAUUGAUCCCUUGUCUUAAUUAAAUUGUUGAUCUCUCCGAUGGCUAGGCAGCGAAAACAUGGCAAAUUAACUCAAGGGUCCAGCCAUAAUGGUCAUCAGGAUGCUACUGAGUCUCAUGACGUGUACCAGGCUCUUGAGGGACCAAGGCACAGACAUGUUCCCGCCGUGAGGCUGGGGACCAGACCAGUUCAUGGCAGGUCUCAGGGCAGGCCACAUAGUGAUGCUCAUGAAUAUGAAGAUCGAUAUUCUGCUCAUUUAAAGCAUGUCCACCAGCACAACUAUCAGAAACAUAUGUCACUGACACGUAAGUUCAUGACUGUAUCAGCCAUGGCAUUUACGGGUGGAGUACUUACCUUAAUUGGUUUGUUGACAUACAAUGGGUACCUUCAAACUCGUGUGAACACACCAUUUGAUAAAUACAAGGUUGUAGGACAGUCAGGACUGUCUGUGCCAGAUCGUUAUUGGGGAACAUAUCGACCAGGAGUGUAUUUUGGUCUGAAGACAAGGGAAGCUCAAUCUCCAGUAAUGGGUCUCAUGUGGUAUUUUGACUCUCAUGUCAUGACUGGCUUUGCUGGUGUCAGGCACUGGUGUGAGCAGCAUGAUAACUUACGUUAUGGAUGGAAGGAGCAUGAUGGACGCUUCUUUGGUGUUCAAGACAUUAUUGACCACCCCUACAACUUAACAACAUCGUUUGUGAAGAAGCCAGGGGGACGGCGAGGAGGCGAAUGGUCAGCUUAUGUAAACGUGUCUGCACUAACUCCCGAUGGUGAAGGACAAGGGGUUUCCUUGAUGUUCUAUAUGGCUCUUGAUGAAAAGACCAUUGGCAGUAUAACCACCAAUGAAGGGAAUAUUGGAAUUGAUGGGUUCACAGAAGAAUUGGGAGAGUUUUCUGUCAGAUUUGAACGUUACUCUGGUGAAGUUUAUCAGAUGUCUCAUUUAACCACUCGCAUAUCGGGAUUAGACAAAAUUAGGGAGAUUACUGAACAUUCUCUUCAUGCUGUUCGUGACACUAGUAGAAGAGUAAUAGUACUUCCAGGAACAAAAUUGCAUCCUACCAGAGACAAUCCAAAUCCAAUCCCCAACUUGAGUGUCCAGAAAAUUGAUGCUAAGAUCCCAUUUGGAAUUGAAAUUAAGUACAAAUCUGGAAAAGCAUAUGAGGAACUCAUCCAACAAAAGACGUAUGAAAAGGAUCUAAAUACGAGAAGGGAAGCAUUUCACCGACAGUUUGACAGUACUUUUAAACUGGAAGAGAAGGGCUUUGAUUCAUCUAUGCAGGAAUUUGCAAAGACUGCCUUUAGCAAUAUGAUCGGUGGAAUUGCCUACUUUUAUGGUUCUUCUCUUGUACAGUCCAAACAUAAUCCUGUACCUGUGCCAUAUUGGAAAGCUCCUCUUUACACGGCUGUGCCAUCAAGAAGCUUUUUCCCUCGUGGUUUUCUGUGGGAUGAAGGUUUUCAUGCUCUUCUGCUUCUAGAAUGGGAUCGGGAAAUUACACUUGACAUCAUGUGCCAUUGGUUUGAUCUUAUGAAUAUCCAAGGAUGGAUACCACGCGAACAAAUUCUGGGAGCAGAAGCUCUUGCAAAGGUUCCACAAGAGUUUGUUGUUCAACAUAGUCAAAAUGCAAACCCACCCACUUUCUUCCUUGCUUUGCAACAAAUCUUGCGGAAACACAAAGAUGAAAUCAUUGGCAAUUCUGACUACCUGGACAGUCUGGAGCGUCUUUAUCCAAGACUUCGAGCUUGGUUCAGCUGGUUCAACACCACUCAAAUUGGUACUGUACCAACAACUUAUCGUUGGAGAGGACGUGAUCCAGACACCCUCAAAUUUCUGAACCCAAAGACUCUGACUUCUGGGUUGGAUGAUUAUCCACGUGCCUCUCAUCCAACUAGUUUGGAACGCCACAUUGACCUUAGGUGCUGGAUGGCAUUAGGAGCUCAAGUUAUAGCUGAAUUGUCUGAUUUGCUUGGUCAUGAUGGGGAGAGAUUCAGAAAUACCUAUCUUUCUCUAAGUGAUAACAAUCUCCUUGAUGAAUUGCAUUGGUCAGAUAAAAAAGCUAGAUAUGCAGACUAUGGUUUGCACACUGAUGCUGUUACUCUUCUAAAGCCUUCAGCUGCACCUCGUUCUGAAUAUAAUAACAAUGAAUUCAUCAGAGUAGUCCUAACAGAUCCUGAAUAUGGUUUUGUUGAUACCCAGUUUGGAUAUAUCAAUUUGUUUCCAUUCCUCAUCCAAAUUCUUGAGCCUACUAGCAAGCACUUAGAAAAAAUUUUGAAUGAUAUAAAGAAUCCUGCUCUUCUUUGGACUCAGUACGGUCUUCGAUCUCUCUCUCCAAACUCCCCAUUGUAUUUGAAGCGUAAUACAGAACAUGAUCCACCAUAUUGGCGGGGUCAAAUCUGGAUUAAUAUGAACUAUUUAGCUUGCCGAGCAUUACAUCACUAUGCUAACAUAGCUGGUCCCUACAAUAAACUUGCUGGUGAAAUUUAUACCAAGCUGCGGGAUAAUCUAAUAAAAAAUCUGCAUAAGGAAUUUGUACGCACAGGAUUCUUGUGGGAAAAUUAUGAUGAUAGAACUGGUGAAGGGAAAGGGUGUCAUCCUUUCAAUGGCUGGACAGCCCUUGUUACUUUAAUAAUGGCAGAAAUUUACUAAUUUUCCUUCAAACUUCCUACUAUCUUCCUGUUGACUAGUGCUCAGUUAUAUGUAGUGGGAUUGAUAUAACGUCCAAGCUUUAGAGUUGGAAAAAACUUUCAUUUAUUGAAUGGCUGUGAUUCAGCAGAUUCCAUGUACCAACACAAGGGGAAUGGAUAUAUCUUAUGCUGGAAUCCUCUUAGUAUGACUUCAUUUUGAAUACAACGAAUACUGUCUGAUUUUUUUCCCACUUUUAUCAUUAUAAGAAUGUUAUCAUUUUUUGGAUAGAGGAAUGUGGAAGUUUUAGUCUCUGGAAUUGUGUACCUGAAUUGAGUUGGAAAGACUUAAAUAUAUUGUGGGUGUUAUUUCA